AUUCAAUGUCAAGGAGAUACGACUAAAAAACUAAUACUUUCACUCCAGAUGGCAGAUUGAAAUAAGUCGAAUAUGCAAUCGAGGCAAUUAAUCAAACAGGCUCAGCACUUGGAGUAUUGACUAAUGAGGGAAUGAUUUUGGCUACAGAAAAAUAGGAAGUAUCACAUCUAUUAGAACAUUCAAAACAUUCUGAGAAAAUCUAUCCAAUUGAUAGACACAUCUUCUCAGUUGUUUCGGGUCAUACAGCUGAUGCAAAUAUUUUGAUUAAUUAUGCCAGAGAAGCUGCUGCCAAUCAUAGGUAAAUUAUGAAUCAAAUCCUAGAUAUUAGUUUUAAGAUAACAUUGGCUUAGAAGAAUUGAUAAUAAACAUAUGCGAUUAUAAAUAGAACAAAACCUAAGUGGGUGGGUAGAGACCUUUUGGAACAGCAUUCCUAUUUGCAGGCUAUGAUAAAAAAAAUGGUUUUCAAUUAUUUAGCACUGAUCCAUCUGGUAAUUAUGCAGGAUGGAAAGCAACUGCAAUAGGGAAAAAUAAUUUAGCAGCUAAUAGCUAUUUAAAACAAGAUUACAAAGAAAAUCUAACCUUAGAAUAAGUACUAUUAUAUUAGAGUUCAAUAGGGAUUAGAUAUCGCAAUAAAAGCACUUGUGAAAACUAUGGAUACAUCAUCUCCUCAACCUUCUAAAAUAGAGAUUGUAGUUAUCAGUUAAUAAGGAAAAGAAGUCAAGAGUAAAUCCUAUAAUGAAAAAGAAGUUUUGAGUUUACUUUAAAAAAAUGGGUUCAGCAAUGAAUAAAUGUAACAGGAAUGAUAUAAUCAAAUGUAUUUUAUUAUAUGUGGUCAAGCC